GUCGAUUAGGGAGCUCCCAGCUCCGAUAGUCGCGCGAAGACGCAGCAAGAAGAUGGCUCGCGGCGCGAGUUUCUUCAAGAUCUUCUUCGUGGUCGGAAUCCUUGCCUCGCGGUCCUCGGCGUUGUCCAAGGACGAGUUCUACCCGUACACGUUCUCAGGAUCCGCUUCUCUCGAAGCAGAUCCCGAUGGACAACUCAGAUCUGCCGAGACCGUCUUGAAGACGCCCGUCGUCUUCUACGACAAAGUCUACAACACGCUCUUCGUUAAUGGAAAUGGGGUGAUAUCCUUCGUCAGGGCGAUGCAGAGGUUCUUCAAUAUCGCGUUCCCCCUGGACGAGCCGGUGAUCGCCCCGUUGUACACCCACGUGGACACAAGGGGUUCGGGGAUGGUGUUUUGGGGGGAAACCGAUAAUCCAGAUAUCCUGGCCAGGGCAGGAGGAAUCGUCAGGAGUGCCUUCAAGGACACGGACUACUUCGAGCCGACCCACGUCUUCCUCGCGACCUGGGUCAACGUCGGCUAUUAUCGAGAAAAGAGCGACAAGGUUAACACUUACCAAGCAGCGAUUAUCUCGAACGGCACGCACUCCUACGUGGAGCUUCUCUACCCUGAAGGAGGGAUCCAGUGGAUCCAAGGAGAGUCUCAUCCGAAUGGCCUUCCCGACGCGAGAGCUCAAGCCGGGUUGAUGAGCGAAGGCAAAAUGUACACCCUGAAGGGAUCCGGGACGGACCAAAUCCAGAAUAUCGACAAAUGGUCCAACGUCAACCGACCCGGCCAGUGGGUGUUCCAGGUGGGCCCUCUGACGGAGGGGGAGAACGUAAAGACCCCCGACAAAAUCUACGGUGGCAAUUCGGAGAGCGAGAUAGCGACGUGCGUUACAGGUGCAACUACUUGUCACAGCAAGGCGAACUGCAUCGACCACGAGGCUGGGUUCUGCUGCAGCUGCAAGCAGGGAUAUUUCGGAAACGGAAAAUCCUGCCAACCGAACGACGUACCUUUGCGAGUGAUCGGCCGGAUAUCCGGUAACAUUAAUAACGAGGAAUUCCCAUCGAGAGACCUUCAAUGCUACGUGCAGACGAAGGAUGGAAGAACCUACACGGCCAUUUCUAGGAUCCCCGAGGCCCUGGGGUCCAGUUUCCAGCUUCUGGGCACCCUGGGGGGUGUAAUAGGGUGGCUUUUCGCCAAACCAAUCGGCAACACCAAGAAUGGAUACCAACUAACCGGGGGGGUCUUCAACCACACCUCGGAGUUGUCCUUCACCCCAUCCGGGGAACACCUUACCAUCAGAAGUCGUUACAUGGGUCUGGACGUAUUCGGGCAGCUGAAGAUGGAAGCCGACAUCAAGGGGACCAUCCCCGUGCUCGCCCAGGACGCCAGGAUCGAUUAUGGGGACCACGAAGAACCCUACACCAGGGUGCAACCCGGGACCAUUCGCUCCCAGACUACAAGGACGUACAAAAUAAUCGGAGAGAGCGACGUCGAGCACUCCUUCAACCAGGACCAGAUCAUAGUCUUCGAGGAGUGUCCUUACGAGCCCGGUCCUGAAGAGGACACCACGAGGUUGAAGUUCUCCAGAGGUGUCACCACCUUCGAGGCUAGAGAAAGCAUCAUCAGGUUCGCGAUGAACUCGAAGGUGGCUCCCCUGGAAGAAGAGGAUCCUUGCAUUCAAGGAAGAUCGUCCUGUGGGGUCCACAGUUCCUGCGUGGUGGACGGGGACGAGUUCAAAUGCGUUUGCAACCCAGGGUACCAAUAUCUGUACGAGAGGGACGGAAAUGCAACUUGUGUGGACAUCAACGAGUGCACUGCCGGGAAUCACGUGUGUGCCCCCGACGCAUACUGCGUGAACAAUGAAGGGAGUCAUACCUGUCACUGCAAGACGGGCUUUUCCGGGGACGGCCGAAUUUGCGAAAAAAUUCCGACCUGCGAGGAGACCCGAUGCCUCGACUACGAGCAGUGCACCAUGAUCAGCGGCCUCCCGGUUUGCAGUUGCCUUCCUGGUUUCGAAAACACCGACGAUGGGUGCUUCCCUAUUCAACAUGAGUCCUGCGACGUGGCCAAUAAUUGCUCCCCUUACGGAUCCUGCAGCUAUAACGGGGAUAGAGGGUUAUAUGUCUGCGUGUGCCUUCCUGGAUACGUUGGAGAUGGGUACACCUGUUACACCGAAGCCGAAGCUGCAACCACUGUGCAGCCUAUAGACGAACGUCCACAAUGUGUCAUGGGCACGUGUUGGUGUUCACCUGGAUGGGAUUAUCGAAACAACGUUUGCGUGAAAAUUGACGAAAACUUCGAAAUCGGGGGACCAUCGACCAGUUCUUCCGGCGAUGGUAGCAGAGACCUAUCGGCACACCCGAUCCCGGAAUGCUUGGAGGACUACUGUAUUUGCCCCUGGGGAUUCAAUUACGAGUACAGAGAAGAGAUUUGCACUCCCCAGCCAGGAUACAACCACGAGACGAUGGGUCACUCGGGAUCCCAGUUAUCGUGCAACGUGGUGAACAGGUGUCAUCCUUACGCACAAUGCGUGUACGUGAUCAGCACAGGUGACUACGAGUGCAGGUGCAAUCAGGGGUACGAGGGUGACGGUAUGGAGUGCACCAGGAUGGAGGUGUCCUGUCUGGAUAUCGACAUUUGCGACCCUAACGCAUCCUGCCGACACGAGGAGCCGUCUGCAAAAUGCGUCUGCAACCCCGGCUACGAAGGGGAUGGAAUGUCCUGCCACCCGAUCGACGAGUGCACCGAGAAUUCGGAGUGCGACGAGAACGAGCAGUGCUCGUACAAUCCUUCUGCAGGGAGGUACGAAUGCACCUGCAAUCCAGGUUUCGGGAUGGUGGAUGGACAAUGCGUUGUCGCGGAUUGUUCCACGAAUCCUUCUCAAUGUCAUGUCAAUGGACAGUGCAUUACUGGAGAUGUCGGCUACAAGUGCGUGUGCAUGAGCGGAUUCCACGGAGAUGGAGUGCACCAGUGCGUUACCGAUCACAUCGGCUGCAACGUCUUGAACAAUUGCGACAGAAAUGCAGUUUGUGGGUACAAUCAGACUGCCGCAAGCUUCGCGUGCAUCUGCCAACCGGGCUAUCACGGAAACGGGUUCACCUGCUUGCCUCAGUCGUCCUGCAGGAGGAAUCCAGGACUCUGCUCCAAGGACGCAACCUGCGUGGGGACAGGCGAGGACCAAUUUGCAUGCGUCUGCAACGAGGGCUUUUCCGGUGACGGGGCGAGCUGCAAGUCCGUCCCUCGUCACGAUGCAAAUAUCCUUCUGGUGAACCAGGGAAUGGCGACCCUCAGGAUACCCUUUUAUCCAACUCCUGCGAACCCCAGCAAGACCAUCCACAUUGUCUACGAACAAAUGGCCGUCGCCCUGGACAUCGACUGCCAGGCUGGGAAGGUUUACUACAGCGACAUCUCCGGCAACAGAUUGGUCGCCAUGACGUAUAAUGGAUCGACAGCCGACACUUUCCUCGUCAACGUCAGCAGUCCCGAAGGCUUGUCGAUAGACUGGGUAUCGAGGAACAUUUUUUGGACGGAUUCCGGAAAAACGACGGUGGAGGUCGCCAACCUGGAGACGAAGAAGAGGAAGGUCCUCAUCUCGGACGGCCUGGUCAAUCCAAGAGGAAUCGCGGUUCACCCCUACCGAGGGAAAAUAUUCUGGUCCGACUGGAACCGGCAUGCCCCGAAAUUGGAAUGGGCCAACGAGGAUGGCACCGGUCGCUCGAUAUUCCUCCAUGGCAGUAACGUCCAAUUACCAAAUUCCCUAGCCAUCGACUGGUCGACGGAUCAAUUAUGCUGGGCGGACGCAGGAACAUUCACGAUACACUGCGCCUCGAUCGACACGAGGGAACUUCAGCUCGUGGCCAAAGAUUUGGCCUACCCAUUCGGAUUGGCCAUUUCUCAAAAUCACUAUUAUUGGACCGACUGGAAGACGCACAAAAUCGAGAUCGCCGGGAAGGUGACCAAGGAAAGGUUGGACGCCUUGAACGUCCCCCCGGGUGGAAAUGGAAAAUUGUACGGGGUGGUUGCGGUCCCGGAAACGUGUCCUAGGGUUUCGAACGUAUGCCAAUUCGAGAACGGGAGGUGCACCAAGGAUCAACUUUGUCUUCCUGACGGCCAAGGAGGAAGGACCUGCGUCUGUGCAGACAAUGCAUCAGGACCUUGUAUCAACUCCGGGUACUCCUCGUAACCGUGAAAGUGACCAGGAAAAACUUUUCCUUUCGGUGGGGAUAAGGAGAACGUCCUGGCAGAAGGACUGGAGUUUUAGAGUAAGAUCCUGAAGAAAUCACCAGCCUAGUUCUAGGACGAGCGUAAAUUAUGAUUCCUUAAUUCCGUAAUAUCAUAAGCGACCCGAGGUAUUUUUUAUGUUAUUUUGUAUCGAAUGUAAAAGUAACGUCAUAAGCGAAAACGGAUGUACUGUAAUAAAUCUGAGUAACCAAA